AUGGGUGUUAACGGAGCGUUUGGUCUACGUGGGGUUCGAUGGAUGUCGCUGGCGACGCUCGAGCAACGUAUCAACGUCCGCUAUGACAGAUACGUACAGAGCCAGGCGCAUUCGCGGGGUAUUAACGCCGAUGUUUCCAGCGAAGAGUCGCAGUUGGUGGUUUAUCUGCUGGACAUUGCGAGACGUCGCGGGGUGAAAAAUACGGCUGACCAGGUCCGGCGGACGGACAAGCUGACUUUGGGACGCCAGUUCCCCGAUCCGCCGGCCAAAUACAACAGAAUCUCGAUCAAUAGGUAUGUGACUGCUUUGGCGAAGCUGGACUUCCGACACCACGCAGAUAUCCAGCCGUCGAUCACGAGCAUCUACGACUCAUUGAUGAACUCGCCGCUGCUUUCGCGGCUGUCGUUCAAGAAAAUUCUAAGGUAUUUCGCCAAAACGUACCAGACACUCGAAUGUUUCAAUGUUCGAGACAGAAUGAUUCGGCAAGGAAUUGUGCCAGACAUCGAAACGAUAAACCUGCUUUUGGAGGCGACGCUUCAGAAACACCAUCCGCGACGAGAAACCAACACGAUGGAAAACUUGCAGAUCCUUGACAAGUACCAUCUGGUUCCCAAUCGGAGCACUUUCCAUGCAAUGUACAAGGGUCUGCGGGACUCCGAGCUGAAAGAGGAGAUCUACCGCAAGAUGCAGGAGAUGGGGCUCAGUCAAAAGGGCAUCGAAACGGAAGUUGCCAAGCAAAUGCUAGCCAGGAACGAGGAGCCGCAAAAAGCAAUGCGGUUUCUGCAACGACACAUCAAGCAAGCAAGCACCUUGGAGAUUGGCGAGGUGAUAGUGCGCCAGUUGCUCGGGGAGAAUAGAGCCAAAGACGCAUGGAACGUAAUCCUGCAGGUGUGUACCUCGAGCGCAAAAAAAAGUCCGAGUUUCCGGUUGGUGCGCAUCCUUUUGUGGCAUUUUAUCUCCACGGGGGAGAUCUACAAUGCAAUAGCUCUGACCAAUCACCUUAAGAGCAGAUACCCAGAAUAUGAGGACUUGGAGAAUUGGAAGUUUUUGGUUCAACGGUUGCACUAUUUAGACCGCGGCGAAUAUUGGGAUCUAAUGGCAAAGAAACUGUACCAGUUAAACUACAGGGUUGCUAAAUACGCACAUGAGACGGUUUAUUUUUCUGGGGAAGAGAUUGCUAAAAUUAACUCAGCCUCGUCAGAUCCGAAGUUCGAUAUUCGGCAACCGUUUGAUAACAAUAUAGAGCAACUGGUGAUGGAUGAAAUUUUUGCAAGGCUCAACUGGAAAAAUCACCCGGAGUUGGAGCUCGAAAAAAAUACUCCGAAUUUUAUAGAAGCUGCAAAGCUGCUUAUUCAAUAG